UUCUAGUAGAUAUGAGUUACAAUAUUCUUUCCAAACAUCUUUAACUCAAGCGUUUUUGCAAGGUAACCUUACUCACGUGCAAGGUAAUUUAAUUUUAAAAGUUUUGCGUUCUCAUUCAUGUUUUUCUUACUUACCAAUGGACACAAGAACUUUAUUGCAAACAAUGCGACGUGCCCCUGAAAUUAGAGUUGUUGCUCCAGGAGAGUAUUUACAUUUAGGAUUUGAAUACGCACUAACGCGGAUAUUAAAGCGUACACCAAUAAAUUUAAUUCCUGACAUAUUAUAUGUAGAUUGGAGUACUGAUGGCGUUCGAUUAAACAAAUCAGGCAAAUUACAAUUAUGGCCGAUUCAAAUAUCAGUUUCUAAUAUUUUUGAAUGCAAACCUGAAGUAGUCGGUGUGUAUAAAGGAGUAAAAAAACCCAUUUCAUCAAAACAGUUUCUUGAUGACUUUAUAAAUGAAGUCAAUACAUUAAUUAAAAAAGGAGGGAUUAUGUUCAUGCAAAAAGUGCCACAUUAUAGGGAAACGAUAUGAAAAACAAAUUGUGUUUCCUGGUACAACAUUGCGUUUACGAACAGACAAAGAAUACGCUCAAAUGCUUGAUAAAAAUCAUCAUAAAGGUUCUAGCGCAAUAUCUGAAUUACACAUGGGCCUUGUAUCACAAGUACCUGGCGAUGCCAUGCACAUUGCAUAUGAGGGAGUUAAAAAAAAAUAUUAGAAGCUAUAAUUAAUGGUAAAUAUGGGAAAACCAUGAAAUUAUGUAUAAGAGACAUUAAUUUAAUUUCAAAAAGAUUGAAAAUAUUAUCAAAAUAUUGCCCAAGAGAAUUCAAUCGAAAACCUAGAUGUCUCAAAGAUUUUAAUGAUUACAAGGCAACAGAAUUUCGUCAAUUUGCAUUGUAUACUGGCCCUGUAGUCAUGUAUGGCAUUCUUCCGAACGACGGAUAUCUUCAUUAUUUGUUAUUUCAUGCAGCAUUGCGUUCCAUUAGUCAGAAAAAUAGCUCCACAAUUUAUCAACGUUUUGCUGAAAUAGCAUUAAAAGAAUUUGUUGACAAAUGUCCACAGUUCUACAAAUUAUCCUUCAUAUCAUAUAAUGUGCAUGCAUUACUACAUUUUGUACCAGAUGUUGAACGUUUUGGCCCACUUGACUCAUUUUCAGCAUUUAAAUAUGAAAAUAAUGUGGCAUUUUUUAGAAAAAUAUAUCGUAAGCCUUCUUUGCCUCUCCAACAAAUAGCCCUUAGAUUAGCUGAAAUGGAACAAUUAGAGCAAGUUGUUCCUAACACUGAACAUACGAUAAAAGUUUCAGUAUUACAUGAUAACGGCCCAAUCCUGCCCGAACUUGGCUUCGUUUAUAUGCAAUAUCGUAAAAUGCAAAUGAAGAAUAUGUUUAUAGGCAUUGAUUUUGAUGGAGAUAAAUGUUGCAUAUUGAAUGAUUCUUCUAUUUGUGUUGUGUAUAAUAUUUUGAAAACACAGUACAAUAUGUACUAUUUUAUCAUUAAAAAAUUUAAAACUGUAAAUGCUUUUUACGAUAUUGGCAUAUUAUCUACAUGCCUUGGCAUAUAUAAAUGUUCAAACUUGUAUAGCAAAUAUGAAGUUAUAUCGAUAGACGACGUUAAACAAAAAUGUUAUUUAAUGCCAUAUUGGAGUAGAGAAGAAUCAGAGCUAUUGGUAUCUGAUUCAAGUGAUAAUGAAAAUACUGAAGAACCUUCAAAUAACAUAUUUAUAGCUGCCGUUAUCAUAUAAAAUACAUUUAAGAAAGAGUUGAAAAUUGUGGAAUUUUUUUACUUAUUAUACGUGUUAUUCCACUCCUGUGUUUACGUCGUUAUAUUAUCUAAUAUUUUUAUUUAAAUAUUAAUGUUAUACAUUACUUAUUUUCGCAAUUGCAGCAAAUAUAUAUAU